CAUUGCUGGCUUGCAUUCGCAAACAUGCACACUCACACACAUGCGCGCAGACCGCUGUUCUGACACAGACACCGAGCCACUGCAGAUCUUUGCUGAGGAUGUGCUCUAGAUGAUUGACAGAGAUUAUGGAGACAAAGAAUAUGAGAGAAUGAGACAAAUAGAUUAAAAAAGGAAUUCAGUGAAGGAUGCAGCCGUGGUCUCUAAGGGCACAGAGCUUGUGGUUGGCCAUGAACGUAGAGUCACGACGAGGUGUACCUGACUCAGAAUAAACCAGACUGGGAGUCAAUAGGAGGUCCAACUUUAAUCCAAGCUGGGGUUUGGCCUAUAACAUUAAUGAUUAGAGUACUGUUGUGUAUUAGACUUUAAGAUGGUUAAUGAGAGAUUGAAAUCCUAUCUGGAGCCUGUGCGGCUGUUAUUUUAUUCCAAGGAAGAAGGUUGCGCUCAACCCUUCUGAAUAUUUUAGUGAAUGAGGAACCUAUUGAACGGAGUUCGGCUGGCAGUGCUGGAGAAUUUAGGUGUUCAUGGCUAGAACAGAGACAUUUGUGUCCGUCACUUAAGUUCCUCAAAAACUCCUGACUUGUUCACACAGAUGCAGUAAUUUGGUGGGGAGAAGUAAGAAAAAGGGGCAAGGUGAUCUGAAAAGUAAGAGCUUCCCACAACUCCAAAUCAUCAGGGCAUCAUGCAGUCAGACGAUCUCUUCAUCCGCAAGUUCCGCAGGCAGAGUCCCCGCCCGCCCCUAGCGAGAGUGAGCUUUGACCCCAAGCAGGAUGGCGGUAGUGUGCGGACACGAGUCGUGGCCGAAUGGCCCCCCAGGAGAGAGCCAGAGGGAACAAACUGUGACAGUGUCACACCCAACCCAGCUGCACUGAAUCUGAGGACAGUUGGUCGUGGACACAUAAUGCAGCGCAGCAACAGUGAUGUCACCCUUGGUGAUUUGGAUUCAACGGGGCAGGUCGGGAGGAAGUCGCUCCGGGCAGGUGGGGACAAAACUCUGACUGCGGGGCAGGGGGAGUACCUCCACCGAGAAUACGGCAGCCUCUCCUCGUUGGAGCGACAGACACAGUGCGUAGGUCCUGGUGCCGAAGAACAAGGCGCUCUCAGUCCCAAUGCCUUGCGCUUCAGAGAUCCGUUUCUUCUUUUGGGGCUGCAAGAGGCACCUCCCGAGGUGGACGGCUUGUAUCAAGCAAACUGUUCUCCAGCAGUAGACACUUCAAAACCAGUCAAGCCCCCGAAACCAGAGGGGCUCGGUAAAAAGGCCAAAUCUUCCCCUCCGCACGCCACUCAGUUUCCCUGUGAACAAGUCCCAGGCGGUGCUUGGGUGCGCAAUUUUGCACACUAUGACGUACAGAGUAUCCUCUUCGACCUGACGGAGGCUGCCACUAAUCGGGACAGCAUUGGGCGCAAGAAGAACAUCACAUCUGGUGCGUCAGCUGCCUCUCAACUUCGUCCGCUCUCUCAAUCCACACCUUCCUCAGUUUCUCAGGGUGGAGGGAGUGGCACGGGAAGUGGGAUUAGUUCGGAAGAUGUAGAACAGUCUUUGCUGGAUGAAGGAGAUGGGAAUGAUAAUGAUCUCCUGCUCAGCUGUCCUCACUUUCGGAAUGAGAUGGGUGGCGAGGAGAGCGUGGGCCUUGGCCUGCACAGCAGGUGCAGGUGGAGGAGUCUUCAAACCCCCAAUGAUGCUGUUUCAGUAUUAGAGGAGCCCAGGGAGAGCCACGUCCAGCCCCAGGGGAAAAGUAACUACUUCAUAGAGCAUGCAGACCUUGGGGCUCGUUACUAUCACAAGUACUUUUACAUGAAAGACCAUCAGAAUUUCUUUGGCAUCGACGAUCGUUUGGGGCCAGUGGCUGUCAGUUUUCGUAGGGAGGAAAAAGAGGGAUCAAGUGGGGCCCAGUACAACUACAGAAUCAUUUUCAGGACCACUGAACUGAAGACCUUGAGAGGUUCAAUCCUGGAGGAGUCUGUUCCCUCCGCAGCACGUCACACCACGCCACGUGGCCUUUCACCCAAGAGACUGCUGGAGUUUAUUUUGCCUGAUCUCAACCUACAUUGCCUCAGACUGGCCUCCAAUUCCCCUAAAGUCAGAGACACACUCCUUAAACUGGAUGAGCAGGGGUUGAAUUUCCAGCGUAAGGUGGGGGUUAUGUACUGCAGAGCAGGACAGAGUACUGAAGAGGACAUGUAUAACAAUGAGAGUGCUGGCCCAGUGUUUGAUGAGUUUCUGGACCUUCUUGGAGACAGAGUGCGACUCAAGGCCUGGGAGAAAUACAGAGCUCAACUAGACACCAAAACUGACUCCACAGGAACACACUCACUGUAUACUCGCUACCAGGAUUACGAGAUCAUGUUCCAUGUCUCCACCAUGCUUCCAUACACAUCCAACAAUACACAACAGUUACUGAGGAAGAGGCACAUAGGGAAUGAUAUUAUCACAAUAGUCUUCCAAGAGCCAGGUGCUUUACCCUUCACCCCCAAAGCCAUCCGUUCUCACUUUCAGCACGUGUUCAUCAUUGUCCAAGUACACGAGCCCUGCACCGAGAACACCUAUUACAGAGUUGCUGUAACUCGUUCCAAGGAUAUCCCGCUCUUUGGUCCUUUCUUCCCUAAAGGUGCGCGCUUCCCCCGUUCUCCUGCCUUCCGAGACUUUCUCCUUGCCAAAGCCAUUAAUGCAGAGAACGCAGCUGAGAAAGCGGAAAAAUUUCGUUCUAUGGCCACACGCACACGGCAAGAGUACCUGAAAGACCUAGCGGAAAACUACGUCACCACAACACCCAUUGAUUCUUCCACCAAAUUCCCGCUGCUUUCACUGGGCGGGAAGCGCAAAGAGAAGUUUAAGGGAGCUAAAGGCGCAGAGCUUCAUAGCGCAGGCGCUUUAGUGUGGGCCGUCACGGUCGUUCAGGACGGUGAGAGCAACGGUCUUAGCCUGUCCUGCCUGCUCGGCGUGUCAGCGGAGUCAGUCGUGCUCAUAGAGCGAUCCACUAGAACGGUCGUGUUCAAUUGCAGCUGCCGUGAUGUCAUCGGCUGGAAGGCUGUGACUGAGACUGGAGCUCAGGGUGGCCUUUGCCUGGAUAUCUUCUACGAGAGAGGCGAGGCAGUGACCAUGACAAUGUUGGACAGCCAAGUUGAGGAUUUUAAGGAGAUUGUCCAGAGGCUGGAGCUGGUAACACGAGGCUGUGAGGCGCGUGAGAUCACACCCCUGCGGGACGGAGUAGGUCAGCCCGGCUUCCUGAUGAGCGAGGAAGGCUUUGUAACUGAUCUGCAGAGGUUUGGAUAUGCAGAGAGCGGUGGGCUGCAGUUGUGGGCUCGUGUUGUUCGUCUCUGUGGCCAGGUCCUGGUGCACCUCAGCCAGGAAGAGAGGAGCCGACUCCUCCGCACGGCACAGAAGAUCCACAUCACAGUCAUUCCUCCAGACGAGAACGGGAAACCACGCAGGAGUUUCUCUGAGCUUUACCAGAAAGCCAUCCAGGACGCAGAAAGCAAAUCCGGAGAAGGACGAUCGGGCGAAGCCUGGGUUCUGCAUGAUGACGACGUUGAAGGUGAUGGUGAUGAUGAUGAUGAAGGGGAGGAAGAAGAGAUGAAGGAGAAUGAAAAUAAGAUGGAUGACAGUGAAACUCCAAAGCAGGAUCUACUUGGAGAGCAGAUGGUAUUUCCCGAGCCCAUGGAUACAGAUUCGCUCCUCUCCCCACCCAGCUUGCCCCUCUUGCGGGCAACUUCCCUGCAGGACAGCAUGAAGAGUCAGACCCCAGAUAUCACCCCUGUCUCUCUCACACGAAGCUACUCAUUAGAAGGACACCCUCCAUGCCAGGACAUCCUUGAAGGACAUGUGUAUGAUAAUGUGGGGCUGAAAGGAAACAGGCACAUCUAUGAAAACCCUGGAGAGCUUAGGGACGAGACCCCUGACCUUAUACUGGCAGUCAAACCUAAAGUGCCUCCAGAGCUAGUGGAAGAGUUUGGGCCUGAUCAGGGGACUGAGGAGCUGCCAUCGGUCAGUGAUGUGACCAUGAGAUCUGCCUGCAUGGAAAGUGCAGAAAGAAACUCCAGAGCUCUGAGCCUCCAUAACUCCAUCACUAAGA